AUGUCCUACGCAGAUAUCGCGGCUAAGGGCCCCAAGCAGAGCGAUGAGGAGGCUAACAAUCACCGCAGAACGCAUAUCCCCGAACUCCUCCACGACGACAGCGGCGUCCACUCCCUCGACUCCCUGAAGAGCGACAACGACCACGUCCAAUCCCUCUCCUCCCACACCAGCUCCUACGCCGACCAGCAGCUCGCCGAGGAGCGCGCCCAGGAAGCCCGACAGAAAGCCACCGACGCCGCCGACGAAGUCACCAAAGAAGCCAAGGACUUCCUGCAGCGCGCCGAGGCGGAUGCGCAACGCCUGGAAAAGGACGGCGAGAAGAAAUUUGACUCGUUCAAGAGUCAGGCGAAGGAGGUCAAGGGCCAGGUCGGCAAGUCGCUGAGCGCGGAUAAGGAGAAGGCGAAGAAGGGCGCCAAGGAGGCGGAGGAGUGGGCGGAGAAAAACAAGAACAACCCCGUUGUCAUCGGCAAUGCGGUUGUGAUUGCCGCGUUGGGUGUAUUGUUGGGGACUGGUGCAUACCGAAUGCACAAGGCGAACACCCUCACAUGGAACGUUGCCGGCGCAUGGGCGGGUGCUGUUGGUCUGUUCGCAGUGGGCGACUACUACGUAUCGCAAUACUUCUUCAAGAAGUACCCACCAAAGAACUAA